AGAUAUGGCGAUGACUGUCGAAGGUACCAUACCCCCACUCUUUGUAUCUCUAAGGCGCUUACCCGCACUUUAUGAAGUUAAUUGCGAUCGGUGCCUGAGUUUUUUCUUUUUCUUUCUUUCUUCUUUUGUUCUUGUUAUUCAGUAGGAGUCAUAAAUUUUGUCUUCGGUCUAAGUUUAAAUGCGAUUUUCCGGAUUUGUAAUCAUACACUUUGACGGUUUCACAUUGAACACUUACUGUUUGUUCAGCUCCAUUCAUUUUUUAUUUUUUGAGAUCAUAUUGGCAGAAUUUUUGUACAUGCGAAUGAUUUCUGUUCAGCAUUUAGCUAAUUGUUGAUAAGAGCAAUCGAAUGUUUCCGAUUAAACGAUUGUUUGACUGUAGUUUGGUUGUCAUCGCUCUGAGGGCCGAGCUUUUUUAAUCCUAUUCAUUUUAGGGUAACAGCAUUUGAAGAAUCAUUUACUAAAUUUGUCCGUUUCUGCUUGUGUUGCUAUUUUUUCGUGAUUACUUUUGUGAUGACUUUCCACUCCAAUAUUCUCAUUUCCUUUAUCCUGUGAAAAUAAACUGAUGAUGUUAAUUUGAUUUGGUUUUUCUGAUGGUGCUUCCUGGGUGUUGCCAAUUGGUGCUGGCUCAAAUUGAUGCAGUGUAAGAAGAUGUAUACAUAUUGGAGUUUUUUUGUUGUGAGCAGAUUUUUCAGUUUGAUCUCUAAUGCAUAACUUGCAACUUUCAGGCUUGCUGGGCUUGCUUUUAUGUUCUCAUCUAGCAUCUUGUUACAAAUUCUGGCUUGUGCAAUAUACAGUAAUUGGUGGCCGCUGUUAUCAGCUCUCAUGUAUGUGGUAGUGCCUAUGCCUUGCCUGUUCUUUGGUGGUGGGUCCACUCAGUUCUUGACCAGCCGAGAUGGUGGAGGAUGGAUGGAUGCGGCAAAGUUCUUGACAGGGGCCUCAGCUGUGGGGAGCAUAGCCAUUCCAAUCAUCCUCAGGCAUGCAGGUUUGAUUGGAACGGGAGCUAUGUUCAUUGAAUUCACGUCGUUCUUUAUAUUUGUCUGCACUGUAUUGUGUUUCCAUCGGGCUAGCAUUGAGGAUGAAUGGGUGUAACCAAAGAUCUAGUUUUCCGAAGCUGCAUGCUGCUUCCUGCCAUGGCUACAACGAAUAACGCAGUUGAAAAUCAGAGAUGGCAUGAACGUUCCACCAUGUAUAGUUAGAGUAGACUGGUGUUGAUCAACCUGUGAUCUAUGUUCCAUGAUAUGCUAAUUUCAUUUGAUCUUUUAUCAGAUGUAUAAGUUUUCAACUCAUUAGUACGAAGAUCACAGAUAACUCUUACUAGGUAAUCAGGGCAACUGUAAGUCCCAACUCAAGUUGCCAGUUUGUGUUGUAUCAUAUUUAAUGUACCUUUGGAGCUGUCAUUUGAAUUAAUUGGAGAACAAUGCUCUAGCAGUGACAGACGCCCUGGUGCACCUGUGCCACUGCAGGGACGGGUAAACUAAAGAAUCAGUGGGGGGGUAUUCGACAGGUCACAACUCACAAGUGUGAAUGUGCGACCAAUAUCUUUUAAGAUGUUUCCCUGGUGUCUCUUUUCUUUAUAAUUAGUGUUUUCUAGUAAUAAAAGUGAAGAUCUUGUGAGAAAACGAAGGUCGAGUGUGUGUGUGUGUGUGUGUGUGUGGCCCUUGAUUGCUUGGUAGCCUAAUGGGGGGACAGGUUUCCAUGGACACGU